AUGGCGUCUCCCAUACGGCCUGGCUCAUCCCAGGGUACAUUUGGCUCGCCAGUAGCCACUUCUCCUGCGACCGAAUACCCCUUUCCGACCACGCCACAGAGAAGACUUGGUGGUCCUAGGAACGAUCUGCGACGCAUUUCGACGUCGAGCUCAGUCACAAGCAUCGGUGGCACUCUUGAUUCUGCAUCGGGAAAGGAGAAUGCAAUCACAGAGAUCGGGCAGAAUGCUAUCUCAACCCUCCUGCAGCACCCAAUUGUCCACACUGGACUGCGGGCGAACCCCCCGCCAAGCUCCGGCUACAAAGCGCCUGGCCCUCGAGAAAUACCUCCUGUAGCCCUAACAAACAUCCCCCACAUCGAAGCCAAAGCCUUCCAUCCGUAUCUCUCUCAGGUUGGGUCACUCUACGAAGCUUUUCAAAGAGCCAAAAAUGAAGGAGAAGGGGAGACGUCACUCUUUCACCGAGACAAGAAGGACACCAAAAAUGAAGAAUGGGAAGCCAUCCUGGCCAAACGGCUACAACGUCCCGGUCAUUCUCGGGCAGGGUCGAUGAGCUCAACAGCAUCAACGCCGAUUGAUUCUCACCAGCCGAAGAGGAGACAGAGUGGCCAACGAAGGCAAGCUGUCACGCCAUUGUCGACAAUACCAUCCGUCUAUACUGAAGAAGAUUUCCACCUCGAGAACCCAAGGACGUUCGACAUUGUCUCCGAGAACUCGGAAAUCGUUCGUGACCCUAGCGGAGCACCUAGUGGGAGGAAGUCUCUGGCCACAAAUGCAAUUCUGCAAGAAAAGCUGUCGUGGUAUAUGGACACAGUCGAGGUACACUUGAUCAACUCGAUUUCCACCGCGUCGAAAUCUUUCUUUUCCGCCUUAGGAUCUCUACGAGAACUUCAUAACGAGGCUGCGGACUCGGUCGACCGUAUUCAAAAGCUACGAAAAGAGCUGGCCAGGCUUGACAAGGAAAUGGCAAUAGAUGGGCUCAAGGUGGUCAAUUUGAAGCAACGUCGUGACAACGUCCGUCAACUGGCCCAGGCAAUUAUGCAAUUGGAAGACAUUGUGAAGUCAGUACAAACUUGUGAAGCAAAUGUCGAAAAAGGCGAAAUUGAGGAGGCUUUGGAUGGUCUUGACGAGGUUGAACUACUCAUGACUGGCAAGGAGAGCAGGAUCAAUAGCAACGAAGGCCCCGCUCGAUAUCAGCGGCGCGAUCUGCGCCGAAUCAGGGCGUUGGAGGGAGCUUUCGAUGACUUGCGACAGCUGCGCCAUACGGCUGGUCGAGGUUACGAGGCACGCUUUCACACUAGCCUCCUCACCGAUAUUCGACGGCAUGUCGAGCAAACAGAGACCGGCGUGACACUACAGCGGUGGGGCGUGGCAUAUACGAGGACAAGGCCGGGACAGCGGAGAGCCCCUUCGUCUUUCCACGGUUACAUGAACAUCGCGAAAGAAUUACGAGCUGAACUUGAAGCAGAAAUGAAGGGCCUAUCGAGAGCGAGAUAUACCACUCCUGCAGCCACGAGCUUCAGAGCUGUCGUCCUACGCGAGAUGAAGAGCAUGAUCCGAAAGCGAUUGCCUAGCUCCAACGACGACGACGCGGUAUCGACUGUCUCAGCGUCUACGACAGGUGGCAGGAGCAUGAGUCAACAGGAGAAGUCCUCUAUUCUGGCAAGGAACCUCAGAGCCCUGGAUUCAGACGAUUGGUAUCACAUGCUGGCCACAAUUUAUACCAAUAUCAGCGAAAGCCUGCGCCGGCUGAGUGUACAAGUCAAGAUUUUACUUGACAUUACGAGCAAUUUGCCUGAUUCCAUGCUCAAAUCCCCUCCUAGAACGCCAGAUCCGGCAAGCAUCGACAACGUCACGAGUCCUCAACCCGGCCGCCCUAGGGCUACCAGUUCUGUACAAGCAGAAAUGCAGCAGGUUCUGGACCUUUCGAGCUUGCUGGAUGAGGGUGUUGAUCUUGCUCAAGCACAGAUCACAAAAGUGGUGAAGGUACGCUCGCAACAGAACUCGGAAUUACCGCUACCUGAUUUCCUGAGAUACUUCACUCUCAACAGGCUGUUCGCGGACGAGUGCGAAGCUAUAUCCGGCCGAAGUGGCACAGGUUUGAAAACUGUUCUGGAUGCGCAGAUCAAAGACUUCGUAGCACGCUUUGCAGACUCACAGAAACAUAAUGUUGUUCGAGUCAUGGAUGCUGACAAAUGGGAUGCCAAGGAUUUCGGUGAGCGUGAGAAUGUCAUUCUCAACCGCGUGAUUGAAGGUGGUACCAUGGAUGCUCCUUCGUGGAUUGAGAGUGUGAUGAUAUGGCUGAAACCCGGUGACUGCGCGGAGACGAGUAACGGGACUGCGACAAGUGGCAAUGCUGCUGCUACAGCUAAAGUCCGAAGUGCCAUGAUCGAUGAGCAAAAGUAUAUUCUUCCGGAAUCGGCUAUCGCCAUGCUUCAGUCAAUGGAAAUGUUUCAACACCUGGCAGCUGGUAUCCCCAGCAUGAGUCACGACAUUGCGACCUCGUUGUUGGAAAGCCUGAAGUUGUUCAAUUCUCGAAGCUCUCAGUUGAUCCUGGGUGCUGGCGCCACUAGGAGUGCAGGGUUGAAGAACAUCACUACGAAGCACCUGGCGCUUUCGUCCCAAGCAUUGAGCUUCAUUGUUGCGCUGAUACCAUAUGUGAGGGAGUUCUUCCGAAGGCAUUUGCCCUCGUCAACGGCUCAACAAGUCAUGACCGACUUUGACAAGGUCAAGCGACUGUUCCAAGAACAUCAAAAUGGCAUCCAUGAGAAACUUGUGGAUAUCAUGUCCGGGCGAGCCUCGAUGCAUGUGAAAGCGAUGAAGAACAUCGACUGGGAAGAAGCGGCCAAGAAUAUAUCAGUGCCUGUGUCGCCGUACAUGGAGACGUUGACGAAGGAGACGGGCACAUUGCAGAAAGUGCUAGCCAAGCACCUUCCCGAGCCGGUCGUGGCAGGAAUCAUGAUACCUGUGUUUUCAAGUUACCGAGAGCAGUGGACGGACGCGUACAAAGAUGUGACGAUAAAGUCUGCUGCAGCAAAGGCUAGGUUACUCGCAGACGCCGAAUACUUCAAUUCCCGAAUCAGCAAAAUCGACGGCUCAGGAGACCUCGGAGAGCAGAUCGUCAAGGUUAUUCAAGCGAAGACAAUUUUGAGCACUGUUGCGCCGCCGCAACCUUCAACUGAAGCACCAAGCCACAUAAAAGCACCAGAAGGGAAGACAGAACCCAGCGAACCCAAAGCAACUGCAGAGACCGGAGACGAGCAGAAAAAGGAGGAAGUCAAGGCAUAG